AUGAUGCAAGCCAAGAAGAUCAAGUACGACGUCAUCGGACUGACCGAGACGAGACGACGUCACCCUCUCAACGCCGUAUAUGAAACUGGAGAAGAAUUGUUCUUAGGAACAUGCGACAGUAGAGGUGUUGGUGGAGUUGGCGUCCUCGUCAACACGAGUAUGGCAAAGAACAUCGACUCUUUUGAACAACUUACGACCCGAAUCGGACGUCUGCGGAUCAGAAAAUACGGCUCAAUACCAGCUUUGACUAUCUUCGUCGCUUACGCUCCAACAUCAAGCUACGAAGAAGAAGAAGUCAUAGUUGGCGAUUUCAACGCUAAGGUUGGCCAAAGAAGAACGCCGGAGGAACUUCACAUCGGGACCCACGGCCUACAAUGGAAUGACCAGGGAGAGAGGCUCUCCGAGUUCAUCAUGACGACUAAGACCAUCCAUGGGAACUCGCAAUUUCAGAAGCCCUCUUCUUUACGCUGGACGUGGGAGUCACCCGGUGGAGGGUACCGUAAUGAAAUAGACCACAUCAUCGUCAAAAAAAGGUUCUGCCUGACGGACGUCGGUGUUGUACCAAAGUUCUAUACGGGAUCGGACCAUCGCCUCCUCCAAGGAAGAUUUUCCUUCACAAGGAGAGCAGAGAAAGCCGCCAAGUUCAGAGAGAGAAAUCCCAGGACUACCAUCAACUGGGAUCUCUUCGCUACGCUAGCCGGCUUUUGGGAAGAUUCCGCAAUGCACAACAUCGACGAGGAAUACGACCGGCUUGUUGAACACCUUCACGACUGCGCGAAGAAGGCUGAGAGUUUUAAAACCACCAAAAGGCGCCUGUCUCUUCAAACUCUUGAGCUGAUACGCCAGCGUGGAGCAGCACGAGCCGCAGGGAACCAAGAACUCACGUCCGAGCUCGCAAGGCCUUGCCGAGAGGCGAUAAAGGAAGACCUUAAAGAGAGAAGAGCAGAAGUGCUGGCUGAAGCUGCAGAGGCGGGAAAAAGCAUCCGCUAUGCCCGUCGAGACUUCGCCAGUCGCAAGACGAGGAUGACUGCUCUCCGGAACCCAAAGGGAACAGCCAUUGCAUCGAGAAGGGGGAUGGAGAAAAUCAUCUACGACUUCUACUCUGAUCUCUUCGACAGCCAUGUCCACUUACCUCCUCACCAUCUGAGGGAAGAUGGACAAGUCAUUCCAGAGGUUCUCCCGUCCGAAAUACGACAUGCUAUCAUGUCGGUAAGAAAUCGUACGGCACCCGGUCCCGACAGAAAAAGACCAGAACACCUGAAGAGCCUUCCGCCAGUACUCAUCAACACCCUGGCGAGGCUCUUUACACGUUAUCUGUCGGAAUGCAAGGUUCCUAAACAGUGGAAGACCAGCAAGACCGUGUUUUUCUAUAAAAAGGGAGAUCCACAUGACAUCGGCAACUAUCGUCAAUCCGCCUACUGUCCGUCAUCUACAAGCUCUUUACAAGACACGAUUGACCACAUUCACACUGUUUCGAAACUCAUCGAGGUAUCACGAGAGUACAAGAUGCCGCUCUGUCUCACCUUCAUCGACUUAAAGAAGGCUUUCGACUCGGUUGAGACGGAAGCGGUCGUGGAAGCCUUGGACAACCAAGGCGUCCCUACUCAGUAUAUAAAGGUACUUCGAGAGUUGUACAGUAGCUUCACGACCGGAAUUUCGCCAUUCUACAAGAACAUCAUCAUUGACGUGAAGAGGGGGGUCCGACAAGGUGAUACAAUUUCACCCAAAAUAUUCACAGCCACCCUCGAGAACGCAAUGCGAAAGUUGGAAUGGGACGACAUGGGAGUGAAGGUUGAUGGUCGGCAGCUACACCAUUUGCGCUUUGCUGAUGACAUCGUACUGGUAACACCUAGCAUCAGCCAAGCGGAACGAAUGCUGACCGAAUUCGACGAAACAUGUGGGUGCAUCGGUCUUCAGCUGAACCUACAAAAGACAAUGUUCAUGCGGAACGGAUGGGUCUCGGAUGCCCCAUUCACGCUCAACGGAACGAACAUAUCCGAAUGCACCAGCUACGUUUAUCUGGGUCGGGAACUGAAUAUGAUGAACGACCUGACCCCCGAGCUGGGCAGGAGGAGACGAGCGGCUUGGGGAGCGUACAAGAGCAUCGAGGAUGUAGUGAAGAAGACCAGGAACACCCGGCUCCGUGCUCACCUCUUCAACACCACCGUACUUCCUGCUUUGACCUAUGCUUCGGAAACCUGGGCAUUUCGCAAGCAGGAAGAAAACGCGGUGAGCGUCAUUGAACGCGCAAUUGAGAGAGUGCUAGGAGUAUCCCGUUUCACGCAAGUGAGGGACGGGAUUCGAAGUUCCCUCCUACGUCAGCGAUCGAAGAUUAGAGACGCCGCCGCGUUUGCCAAGGAAAGUAAAAUAAGGUGGGCCGGACACGUGAUGCGCUUUGAUGACAACCGUUGGACCAGAGCCGGCUUCACGAAGCCCUUGAAAGAAAAAUAUGAUGCUCUUCGUGUCCCACGCGAAAGGAGGAACCACUGGGCUACUCUGGCACGUGAUCGGGACAAAUGGAAGAAUUACUGGCGCCCGCUCGACCAGUUCGAAGAUCAACGGGAGUCAAGGUGA